CACACACACACACACACACACGUGGAGCAAAGAUGCUGUAAUGGACGGCGCGCGGCUGCAGAGGAGCGCGAGGGGACGAUGUGACGCCUUUACACGCGCUUUAAUGUGAAAUGCUUCGGUUUAUUUAUGGGCAGCGACGUCAGCAGACACAGUAAGAGAGAGAGACCAGCUGCUCAGCGUCGAUUCAGUCAUGGCUUCCUGUCCAACAUCGGGGUCUCCAUCACUCACAGACUCGGACACUCAGCUGUAUUUUCUCGGCCGGUGGGACCAGACGUCAGACCGCCCGUCCCCAAACUCCCUCUGCCUGCAGAAGACAGAGCCGAGACGUCAGUCACAGAGAGGACUCUGAUCUCUGUGUUUCUGCCUGAGUUUCCAAUGCGUACAUUUCCUGGACAAGACCAGUUCCAGAUCCUGGGCUUCAUAGCCAAAGGCUCGUACGGACCCAUCCUGAAAGCAAAGGACGUGCUCAAAGACAAGACAUUCGCUGUUAAGAUUCUACCAAAGUCGGAGAUCUUGAAGCAUGGAGCAGUGGAGCAGUCCAAGGAAGAAGUCAUCAUUCAGCGGCAGCUCAAACACCCAUUUAUCCACAAUCUGCAGGACUGCUGGCAGACGCAGCGCCACCUCUUCAUUAUGUGCGACUACUGCAGCGUCGGAGACUUGUACACCUCCUGGUUACUGAGGGGCCGGUUCGGGGAGGAUGAGGUUCGGCUCUUCGCUGCAGAGCUGGGCAGCGCGCUUGGGUUCCUUCAUGACUUAGGGAUCAUACAUAGAGAUAUAAAGAUGGAGAACAUACUUUUAAAUGAUCGAGGUCACGUUCGUCUCUCUGAUUUUGGACUCUCACGGCGGCUGAAGCGAGGAGGACGGGCCUUCACGAUUUGUGGGACGAUCCAGUACAUGGCUCCUGAAGUUUUAACCGGGGGUCCGUACAACCACGCUGCUGACUGGUGGUCCCUCGGCAUCAUGCUGUUCUCACUGGUGAAAGGAGAGUUUCCUCUCCCUGCAGAGUCGGACCACAGCACCAUGCUGAACAAAGUCGUAGAUUUCCCUUACGUCCUACCCGACACCUUCAGCUCGGCUCUGAUCUCACUGCUCACCGAGCUUUUGUGCAAGAAUCCAGCGAACCGGCUUCGUAACCUGGACUCUUUCAAGAUGCAGGCCUUCUUUCGCGGCUCUUCGUUCGACUCGCUCAUGCUUCAGAAGACGCCUGUCGACGUCAUCCUCGAGCUCAGGGCUCAUCCCGACUGGGCAGCCAAAGCGAGGAGAGGUCUUUCACUGGACUGCUUUGAUAACUUUGACUGUGAUCAGCUCCUUCGUUCUCCCACUGAUCCCACUGAACUGUCUCCCACUGUAGACCUGAGCCCGGCCACAGAGCAGACAUGUGAAGCUUAAGACUGGACCCUGUUUCUGUGCCUGAAUACAGACGCUGACUGGAGAUGAGAAACUCUAUUUUGCCAGUGUUUGAAGGAUCCGUUUCCCUUUGUAAUUUGUUUAUCAAAUGAUUUGUUAACUACUGUUGUUCUGCCACAUUUUGCCAUCUGCCAUCAGUAAAUCAUGAGCCAGUUAUUUGAGAUACCCUUGUAUUGUUAUUACUACUGUUUGUUAAUUUACAGUAUUGUAAUUUUGUGCAAUAACUUCAUGCAUCUCAUCCUUGAGCUUCAAUUUUUGUGAACAAACAUGGUGUGCUGCUUAACGUCCAUCUUCGAUCUCCUCGCUCUCACACGUACUUGUAUUUAUUAUUUGGAUAUAAUUUAUUACCAAAGAAAGUCGGUUAAUAGGGGGAGAAGUGUUUCAUUUCUGUGUCUUUAUUAAGUGUUGUCAUUAAAUUCUGAAUCGUGUUUUUACUGUACACAAACUGACGUGGCUUUAUCUAUACUGAUAGAUAAUUUUUCACACUAACAACUAAACGAUGUCUGAGAUUUGUCUUCAUUAUGUGCUUUUUCAGUCCAGCAAUCGUCAUUUACAAAAAAAAAAGAAUGCCAGAAUUUACAAAUGCAAGUUUUCCUAUAUACAAAAUUGUACCAGUUACCAGUGGUGGAAUGUAAAUAAGGUACAUGUACUCAAGUGCUGUACUUCUACUGAAGCCAUAGUGUACGUUUUACUCCUCACAUACAUUUAUUUAACACCAUUAUUUAGAUUAAGCUACCCGGCAGUGUAUACAGUAAUAAAAAUGAGCUCCACCUUCAGU